AUGUCGGCAGCUGCUGAGGUCCAGAGGACGGCGGCCGUGGACCUGGGCGCCCUGCUAGAUGCGGGCGACGGCGCGGUCGUCACACUGGUGGCGGGCGAGACGCGGCUGGCGGCGCACCGCGCGGUCCUGGAAGAGAGGAGCCCCGUGUUCCGAGCUAUGUUCCAGCACGACACACUGGAGGCCAGCUGCGGUGAAGUCAGAAUCGCGGACGUGGAGGGCCCGGUGCUGAGGCAGCUGCUGUCUUACAUGUACACCCUGCAGGCACCCCAGCUGACCAACACGGCCCGGGAGCUGUUGACGGCAGCCGACAAAUACGGCCUGUCCGCCCUGAAGGCCGCCUGCGAACAGCAGGUGGCGGCGCAGCUGGAGGUGGAGACGGCGGCGGCUGCAGCUGUGCUGGCGGUGAGGCACUCGUGCCCCAGCCUAACUGCGGCCGCCGUCCACUUCAUAAGGGCCCACGACUACAAAGCAAUGGCGACGCAGGGCUGGGCAGACGCCGUGCUCGAGUACCCAAAAGACAUCGUCGAAGUCAGUCGGCUGCUUGGUGAGCCACCAGCAGAAGCCAGCGCGGGCCGUGGCUCCAGCAGUCCCAGCACCGCCACUCGGCCGCUCGGCGACCCCGGCCGCUCUCCUGCCGCGGCUGCCCGCCACACUCCGCCGCCUCCUGACGACGCGGCCGUCUCUCGCCUGCGGAGCCUCUCUCAAGAGGAGAGAGGGAGGAGGCUGAUAGAGGCGGCCGAGCAGGGCGCGGCGGAGCAGGUGCGCGAGUUGCUGGCGGCGGGGGCGGACGUGGGGGCGAGGGUGGCGGGGCAGUUUAGCGGCCGGACCGCCCUGCACGUGGCAUCACGCGGGGGUCACGUGGCGGCGGCCAGCUGCCUCGUCGGCGCCGGCGCGGAAGUCGACGCCAGGACCAACUGGGAGCAGUUGACGCCCCUGCACUUGGCUGCACAGGAGGGCCACGCUGGUGUGGUGCGGCUGCUGGUCGGCGCCUCUGCUGACCCCAACGCCAGCGAUCUGUAG